UGUCAGUGCGUCCUUCGCAACGGCAGUUCUUUAUACACCGGAAGAGGAUCCCGCGUGAUGAAUCACAUGACUUACCUGACGUCAGUGACUGAUCUGCCAUCAUGUUGACAAGAGUGAAAUGAAAACAAUGAAACUUGCAGUGAAUACGGACGUUUGAGAUUUUCAGAAAGAGAAGUUUGCAGGGGAAAACAGACACUGGAGAGAUGUCCCAAAAGUCAAAGUUACUGAAAGUUGUUCUUCUUGGGGAUGGAGGAGUAGGGAAGAGCUCCUUAAUGAACCGCUUUGUCAGCAACAAGUUUGAUGCCCAGUCAUUUCAUACCAUUGGGGUGGAGUUCUUGAAUAAGGAUGUCACAUAUGAGGGAGAGAAUUACACCAUGCAGAUAUGGGACACCGCAGGGCAAGAACGCUUUAAGAGUUUACGAACACCGUUUUAUCGGGGAGCCGAUUGUUGUUUGUUGACUUUUGCUGUUGAUGAUAUUCAGAGUUUUAAAAAUCUGGCAAUGUGGAAAAAAGAAUUCCUGUACUAUGCUGACAUUCAGGAUGGUAACAAUUUUCCAUUUGUGAUACUAGGGAACAAAAUCGAUGUAGAGAAUCGAAUGGUUUCCUCUGAAAUGGCUCAAGAGUGGUGUCAAGCAAAUGGACAAGCCCCCUAUUUUGAAACCAGCGCUAAAGAUUCCACAAAUGUUGAUGAAGCAUUUAAAGCAGCAAUAAAAAGGUUACGAGACUUGGAGGAUGUGAUAGAGAUUAAAACCCAGCAUGGGAACACAGUGGACCUGAAGAAAAAGGCCAAGUCACAGAGCUCAGGUUGCUGUGGCAAUUGAUGCAACUCUUCAUUUAACACUUGAAAAUUGCAUAUAAAAUUCAUUUUGAUAUUUGGCAUUCAAAGCAUCUUUUGUAUUAAAACACAUUUUCUAUAAUAAGCUUAGGUCGAAGUCUGUUUUUCGUGUUUACAAAAGUCAUAUGUUAAAACUAGAAAUAUACUAAGAUGUUUCUAGAAUACAUGUAGCUGUAUGAAUUUUGUGGACAAACUGGGCUUAGUUCCCGUGUAAAGAGUUUUAAAUUCUUGUCAAAUGUUAUUAAGCUACAGUGUAUUAUCAAGCAGGUGAACUUUUGUAUAAAAUUGUUGUAGGGAGAAAGAAUGUGCAAUACAAUGUACAAUCCAAUAUAUGGUUUGUGUACUGUUUCAGUAUGAUGAUAGAUUGUAUAUAUUUUUUUCUUCAAAAAAUCAAUGUUGAUAAAGUGAACACUAUCAAAUCACACAAUUUAAUAUGAACUUCACAUUCUCUUCUCCAGAUGGUUAAGAUUGCUUAUCAUGUAAAAAAUUUGAAGUUGUGACAAAUUACAAAUAGUGUUCAAAUUAGUAUAUGGAUGCUUACUGAAAACAAUAAAGAGUACAUAUAUACAUAUAUGUUUAAUAACCGAU